AGAAAGUGCCGCGUCCUUGACAUUAGAAGUUGAAAAGAAGGAGAGAGAGAGUUGCUUGACGGCGAAAUACAUCUCGCUCCCUUUACGCGGACCACUAACAGGGAGGUGAAUGGACCUCCACCGCCCUUUCAAGAUGGACAGCUCCUCUUACCUGCCAGCUCCACUGGCCUCCCCCGCCCUGAUGGUGCUCGCCUCCACUGCCGAGGCCGGCCGAGACGCCUCUGUCCCCUGCCAGGCGUCCAGGCCCUUCGGUAUCCCCACCUCCGUGGAGAAGGAACUCCACCUUCCCUUCCCCUCGGCCUCUUACACCUUCACCUCCAUGUAUCAGCGCCAGGGCCCCAUGUCAGGCACCUUUCCCUCCCGAGACUUCCCAGCCUCCCUGCUCCACCUGCACCCACAGUUCACCCCACCAAACCUGGACUGCUCCACCCUGAGCAUGCUCAACCACAGUGGGGUGGGCGCCUUCCGACCUUUCUCCUGCCCGCAAGAGGAGAGGGAGUCGGGGCUUUACCACUCCGCUUUCACCCCUGCCAAGAGGCUGAAAAGCUGCUUCCCGGAGGUGGAGGGGAAGGAGUUUGACUUUGGCUCCCCGGGCGGCUCCCUCAAAGCUGGGGAGGACUCAGGGAGGAAGCUGUUCUCCAUGUCCGGUCUGCUGUCUGAUGGAGAGGCAUCAUCGAGCCCGGAGGAGCGCAAAGAGCACAGCAAAGUGAAGGGACUCUAUGAUGCUCAGGCCCCAGUUUGUCCAGUCUGCCAAGCGACUCUGCGACCAGGAGAGCUGCAGGAUCACAUGGAGCAGGAGUUGACCGAACUGGCCCAGAUACAUAUCAGUGCCACUCCGGUGCAGCACAACCACCUCAUAAGGGCGCCGAAGUCUCUGUCACUCUCGCUUCAUAUCAAGCGUGAAGGAGGUUCUCCCACCUCGCCCCCUCGAACAUCUGAGGAUGCCCACUCGGACCGAUACCAGACGUUUCUCCGUGUCCGAGCCAACAGACACACACGACUAAAUGUCGAUGACCUCUGCUGGUGCAGGUGCUACGUCAAAUCUGCCCCAUUACGCCCCCACAGCGCAGGAGCCCACCUAGACUGCACACAAGCUGCCAGGAUCGGAAAGCUGAAGAGGAGGAAACAAGAAGGUGGACAGGAGGGUUCAACAGAAAUGGUGCCAUUGCAGGACGAGUGGAAUGAGAGGAGAAGGAUGCAGAUGUCGUCUAUAGUGGGGGGGUUUAAAGGUGCAGCGCUGGUGAGCACGACGUCUAGAGAAUGCAGAGACAGCGACGCAGACCUGGACGUGGAUGGAGAUGAUACUCUGGAGUACGGCAGAGCGCAAUACACAGAGACAGAUGUAAUCCUGUGCUCAGGAGAAGGCUCCAAGGAGACAACAGUAAACAGCAGCAGUGACUCCAGAGUAAAUCUAGAAUUUUCCAAAUGGUCAAAUGAUGGGAGUCCCUCUACCAGCAGUGGAGAGAAAGUGGACGGCAGCGUAGCUGGUCUACCCAAAACCUGCAAAAACUCUGUGAUAGAAACACUCUCAGAGGAUUCCACGCUGACAACUCUGGAUGCACUUAAAGCGCGGAUACGGGAUUUGGAGAAACAGUUGUCUAAAGGAGACAGAUUUAAAUGCCUCAUCUGCAUGGACACAUACACAACCCCUCUCACCUCCAUCCAGUGCUGGCAUGUUCACUGUGAGGAGUGUUGGCUUCGAACGCUGGGAGCAAAGAAGUUGUGUCCUCAGUGCAACACUAUCACCUCACCUGGAGACCUGAGGCGGGUCUACCUGUGACGCAGCCACUCACACAAUGAGGAGAGGGGCUUAUUCUGUUUUAACCAAUCAGGGGUGGAUUUGUGGUCAGCUGGCCUGGCACGGACUCCCUCCUUCAACCUCCUCCUCCUCCUCCUCCUCCUCCUCCUCCUCCUCCUCCUCCUCCUCCUGUCACCUUCCUUGUCCUACCUGUCAGUGUACUUCUAACAACCACUAACCCCUGACAAUUUGAAGUGUGACCUUUGACCUUCCUUUACAGGCCUGUAUAAUAUCUGUGUUUCUGCUGCAAUAUCCAACUGAGCAGAAGAAACAUCUAAAACCAACUGAGCUCAGGCACUGAAAGACAAAUAGAAAAAAAACGACACUUUGGGACAAUAUUUAUCGAUUUUGUAACCCUUUUUUCUGUUUUAUGAAGAAAAAAAAUUGAAUCACAUGCAAAGCACAUGUACAUAGUUGUGUGUAUGUUUGGAUCGAUAUGUGUGUGUGUAUAUGAUGUUGACUAGCAACUCAACUGUAUUUACUGUACAGAGUUUGUCUUUGAUUAGAUCAUUUAUUAUUUGUUUAGCUCAGUAAGUUGAACACAUUCACAGUAAUCUUAUUACAUUCAUGCUAAUUUUGUCUUUCUCAUUGAUGUAAU